AUGCCUCUGCUAAAAUGCAGUCGCCUGAUCUGGCUUGACACCUACUCCCCGGCAGACCCCGCAGUGCCUCCCAACCCUUUGACUCACCUGAGUCUGCGGGACAGAUCAGAGAUGCAGCUGCAGAGCGAAGCCGACAGGCGGAGCCACCCGGGCACUUGGACCAGGUCAUCCCCAGAGCACGCCACCAUUCUGCGGGGAGGCGUGCGCAGGUGCCUGCAGCAACAGUGCGAACAGACUGUGCGGAUCCUGCACGCCAAGGUGGCCCAGAAAUCCUAUGGAAAUGAGAAGCGGUUCUUCUGCCCCCCGCCCUGUGUCUACCUCUCGGGGCCCGGCUGGAGGGUGAAGCCGGGGCAGGACCAAGCUCACCAGGCGGGAGAGACCGGGCCGACGGUCUGUGGUUACAUGGGACUGGACAGCGCGUCCGGCAGCGCCGCGGAGACGCAGAAGCUGAAUUUCGAGCAGCAGCCGGACUCCAGAGAAUUCGGCUGCGCCAAGACCCUGUACGUCUCAGAUGCAGACAAGAGGAAGCACUUUCGGCUGGUUCUGAGGCUGGUGCUGCGCGGGGGCCUGGAGCUGGGCACCUUCCACAGCCGCCUCAUCAAGGUCAUCUCCAAGCCCUCGCAGAAGAAGCAGUCGCUGAAAAACACCGACCUGUGCAUAUCCUCCGGCUCAAAGGUCUCCCUCUUCAACCGCCUGCGAUCCCAGACGGUCUCUACACGCUACCUCUCUGUGCAGGAUGGGGCCUUUGUGGCCAGUGCGCGACAGUGGGCUGCCUUCACGCUCCACCUGGCUGAUGGGCACUCUUCCCCAGGAGACUUCCCACCGCGAGAGGGCUACGUUCGCUACGGCUCCCUGGUGCAGCUCGUCUGCACAGUCACCGGGAUCACAUUACCCCCCAUGAUCAUCCGUAAAGUAGCCAAGCAGUGUGCACUCUUAGAUGUGGAUGAGCCCAUCUCCCAGCUGCACAAGUGUGCAUUCCAGUUUCCAGGCAGUCCCCCAGGAGGGGGAGGUACCUACUUAUGCCUUGCCACAGAGAAGGUGGUACAAUUUCAGGCCUCUCCCUGCCCCAAGGAGGCGAACAGGGCUCUGCUGAACGACAGCUCUUGCUGGACCAUCAUCGGCACCGAGGCGGUGGAAUUCUCCUUCAGCACCAGCCUGGCGUGUACGCGGGAGCCGGUCACUCCGGUGCCCCUCAUCAGCACCCUCGAGCUGAGCGGCGGGGGCGACGUGGCCACGCUGGAGCUCCACGGAGACAACUUCCACGCGGGGCUCAAGGUGUGGUUUGGGGACGUGGAAGCAGAAACCAUGUACAGGAGCCCGCGGUCCCUGGUGUGCGUGGUGCCGGACGUGGCGGCCUUCGGUAGCGAUUGGCGCUGGCUGCGCGCUCCCAUCACAGUGCCCGUGAGCCUGGUGCGCGCCGACGGGCUCUUCUACCCUAGUGCCUUCUCCUUCACCUACACCCCGGAAUACAGCGCGCGGCCGGGUCCCCCCGGCACCCCCGAGCCCGCCACCGGCGCCGACGCGCUCCUGGAGAGCAUCCACCAGGAGUUCACGCGCACCAACUUCCACCUCUUCAUUCAGACUUAGGCGCGCCCAGGCGCCCUGGCUUCCCAUCGCGGAGGGCUGCGCCCACGCCAGGCGCAGGGAUGUGCUUCUGGGUCCUAGGCCCUGCUUCCUUACCCCUUUGCUGCAGAAGGGCAGCUGAAGGCUCACCCUAGAAACUGCGCCUGGUGGCUCUUACCCGGGUCACUCCCUCGUCCUUACACAUUCAGGAAGACACAACCUGA